AUGGCUAUUGCGCCCAACGUUGGCCAGACAGAGACUCAGAGGAGUCUCACGCGCCCGGCGUACCUAAACCCGCGCCUAGCGCGGGGAAGGCAGAGACCUCCCUUGCCUAACCAUCCAUAUCGAAGGUUAAAGAAAGCUUUUAAUGGAUUUCAAGAAUAUGACAUUGCUCCUACUGCAUUAACAGGUGAGCAAGUUUAUGCACGAGUGAAGAAUUUAAAUGUGGUAUUUGGCAAGAAGGAAAAACAACCCAAAGAGAGAAACAUAUGGAAGAAGAGGUCGAUAUUAUUUGAUCUUCCAUACUGGAAAGUUCUUGAUGUUCGACAUUGCAUUGAUGUCAUGCAUGUUGAGAAAAAUGUAUGUGAUAGUCUAAUUGGCACACUUCUCAAUAUCCAGGGUAAGACAAAAGAUGGACUCAACUCCCGUCUAGAUUUACAACACAUGGGAAUACGACAACAAUUGUAUCCACAAUCUAAGGGUAAGCGAACAUAUUUGCCCCCAGCAUGUCACACAUUGUCAAAAAAGGAGAAAAUAAGCUUUUGUGAGUGCUUACGUGGUAUCAAAGUACCACACGGUUACUCUUCUAAUGUAAAUAGUCUAGUAUCAAUGAAAGAUUUGAAAUUAGUUGGCUUGAAGUCUCAUGACUGUCAUGUACUAAUGCAACAAUUCCUUCCCGUCGCUAUACGUGACAUUUUACCUAAACAAGUGAGACAAGUCAUAACUAGCCUUUGCUUGUUUUUUAAUGGCAUAUGUAGCAAAGUAAUUGAUCCUCAGAAGUUGGAUGAGUUGGAAAAUGAAGCUGUUAUAAUAUUGUGUCAAUUGGAGAUGUAUUUUCCUCCUUCAUUUUUUGACAUUAUGGUUCACUUAAUCAUCCACUUGGUCAGGGAGGUUAGGUUGUGUGGUCCUGUCUUUUUGAGGUGGAUGUACCCAAUUGAGCGAUACAUGAAGAUAUUGAAAGGGUAUGUGAAGAACCAACACCGUCCGGAAGCAUCCAUUAUAGAAAGGUAUAUUGCAGAGGAAGCUAUUGAGUUUUGUACUGAAUACAUGACCCAAGCUGAAUCAAUAGGCAUUCCUAGGACUCGUCAUGAAGGAAGAAUUGCUGGGAAGGGUACAAUAGGCACAAAACUAAAGAGCAUGUCACAAGAAGAAGUUCUUCAAGCUCAUUUAUAUAUUUUGAACAAUACCGAUGAGGUUCUUCCUUAUUUGAAUGCCCACAAAGACUUGGUGAAGAGAAACAACCCUCGAAUGCCUGAAAAAUGGGUGUUGAACGAGCAUAAUAAGACUUUUGCUGAGUGGUUCAAAAAGAAUGUUGGGACAAAUUUAAAUGUUUCUGAAACUUUACAACGCUUAGCGCAAGGGCCUAACUUUGAUGUGUUUACUUUUUAUGGAUAUGACAUUAAUAAUUAUUCAUUUUAUACAAAGGCACAAGAUGACAAAAGUACCAUGCAAAAUAGUGGGAUUAUGAUAGUUGCUCAAUCUAUGCAUUUCGCAACCAAAAAUGAUAAGAACCCUAUCACAGCAUCGAUGUCCUAUUUUGGGGUUAUUGAAGACAUAUGGGAGGUUGAUUACGGUCCAUUCCGAGUACCUGUAUUUAAGUGCAAGUUGGUUGAUAGUAAUAGUGGUGUCAAAAUUGAUGAAUUUGGAUUUACCUUGGUGGACCUUAAUAAAGUUGGUCAUAAGGAAGAGCCUUUCAUCAUGGCUAUCCAAGUAAAACAAGUAUUCUAUGUCACUGAUCCAUCUAAUAAUAAGUGGUAUGUUGUUCUACAAGGUAAGAAUAACAAUGUAUGUGACGAAUUUGGAGAUUCGACCGAUAUUAUGGAUACUCCUUCCUUUUCAAUACAUGUGGCACCAACUUUCAAUGAAGAUGAUGAUGUGGAUGAUGUGCAUGCCACUCGUGAUGAUCAUCAGGAAGGAAUAUGGGAGAACAUUCCAACUUGA